CGAGAAAAACUUGUUUUGACUUACCAAGCUUAACAUUAUUUUAUUAAAAUUGUUUACAUCGUGUAGUGUUAAAUAAUUUCAAAAAAUGUUUUCUGCUUUGAAAAAGUUAGCUAGAAGCAGUGAUGAUCGGUGCCCUCCUCCAAUGCCAAUGUCUUCCUCGUUGCAGAAAAAGUUUUCUAGAGGAGUGCAUUUUAAUAUGAAAAUAUUGAUCAAAGGAGAUAGAAAUGUUGGUAAAUCGUGCCUUCUUCAACGUCUUCAAGGCGGUCCAUUUAUCGAAGACUAUGUUCCAACAGAUCAAAUACAAGUGGCUCCAAUACACUGGACUUAUAAAAACAGCGAUUAUAUAGUGAAGGUAGAAGUUUGGGAGGUUGUGGAUAAAGGACGUACAAAAAAGAAAACCCCAAUAGGACUGAAGUUAGAAAAUCAAUCAGCCCCAUCAUUAGAGGACAAUCUCGAUGCUCCUGUACUAGAUGCAACCUUUUUGGAUGUCUACAAAAAUACCACUGGUGUUAUACUUAUGCUUGAUAUAACUAAGCCUUGGACAUUUGAAUAUGUUGUGAAAGAACUAUCACAAGUACCUGCAGAUUUGCCAGUUGUUAUCUUAGGAAACCAUUGUGAUAUGCAGCACCAUCGCCAAGUGCAUUCCCACCAUAUUGAACAGGCUUUACAUAAUGCAAAGCAAAUUAGAACAGCUCCAGUUCGUUAUGCAGAAUCGUCCAUGAGAAAUGGCUUUGGAUUGCGUUUAUUACAUAAGUUUCUGAGUAUACCAUUUUUGCGCCUUCAAAAGACAAGUUUGUUAGAGCAACUACAGAGAAAUCAAAGAGAUAUGGAAGAAAUAGAGCAGGAAUUAGAUGAAUAUCAGAAUUCAGAAGAAUCACAGUACAACACAUUCCUAGAUCGUUUAACAAAUAAAAGGAAACAGAACACUAAUCAAGUUGAACCUCGACCAAGCAAUGAACGCUCUCCUAGCAUUGUACUAGGUGGUGGGAAACCCAUAGUGCCACCCAGUGUAAAUCCAUUACUGGCCCAAUCUCUAAAUCCAUCAAUGAAAGCACAAAUACCAGAAGCUAAGCAAACUCAAUUUGUUCAUCCUGAUCUUAUAAAACCUAAGCAAACUGUAAACAUGGACACGACGCCGCCACGCCUCCUCCAACACGAUAGUAAUCAAAGCACACCUUCAGUCACAAAUGCGGGUAGUUCUGUUGGAACUCUAGACGAAUUUUAUGCUGGUGCACUAGAUAGUAGCUUCUUGGAGGAUCUAACACCUUUGUCUAGUAGUAGACAGGAGAUACAAUUUGAAUCGGAAAGUGAUGAUGACACUACAAAUCCAAAAGUUACAGUAGAUGAAGAUGAUCUUGAUAUCGAUACUUUUUCGACUGAAUUGACACAAAAAACAAAGCUGCAACAAAAAGACCAGCUAGUGGAAACAGAUUUACAUAAAACGAUUGAAAGAAAUACAAGCCAAAAGCGAGAGAGUGAAACGGAAUUUGAAAAGACAUCAAAUCCAGAUAUAAAUUUACCUAUAUUUGAAAAUAGACAUAACAUCCAAUUGUCUUUGGAUAAUGACUUCCCUCUAUGGAGUGGUGACUCUAGCGUUAGAAGAUCACCUGAAGGUGGCGAAGAUCCUGAUGCCCUUAAAGAUCCUGGUGAUAAGUCUGAAAAAAAACACCACAAGAAGAAAAAGUCCAAAGAUAAAGACCGCGGCGACUACAGUGAGAUAUCAGAACGCAAAGAGAAGAAACAAAAACGUAAGAAGUCUAAAAGUGAAAAGAAACCCAAUCCUCAGCAGGACUUGUUAGCGCCUUCAGGAUCUGUAGACUUCGACUAUGCAGAAUAUGAUAGCAUUUAACAAAAUACGAAUAAGUUCUAAUAGCUUGUUUCUGUAAUUGUAUGUACUUAACAAAAUCUAUAAUGCAUCGUCUUUAAGCUAAUUUUGUGCCUACCUUAUUUUCUUUUAUAGCCAUACUAUUUGUCUAUUAGCUAUAAGAAAAAUGAAAAUUUAAUCCGUUUUGCGAUAACAUUCCAGCUACGAGAUUUCAAAAAUAGGAAUAGUCAUUUACAUACAGUGUGUAACGGGAAGUAAACUGAAACUAUAUUCCUGAGUGCUUAGUGCGAGUUUGUUAACGUUCUCGAUAGCGUAAAAGUUAACCCAAUUUUGUGUGCAGUUGGAACAGCGCCCCUAGCGGCAAUUGUACGC